CAACAACAACAACACGUUUUGAAAUUCAUUGUAUCUUAAAUUACAAACUUCUAAUUAAGGUGCAUGUAUGAAGAUGGUAUAAUAGUAUUGAUUUAUAAAUUUAAUGACAGUUUCACAGAGAAGAUAAGAAAGUGUCGGUAAAGUGGAAUAUUUGUGAGUAAAGUUGAUAGUAUUGUGGCGGCUGUGGCUAGUGUUUGGCGGGUGACCGUCAGCAGCAGCAGCAACAGCGGGAGGUACUGCUGGAGCAGCGGCAGGUACUGCUUGAGCAGCGGCAGGUACAGCUGGAGCAGCGGGAGGUACUGCUGGAGCAGCGGCAGGUACUGCUGGAGCAGCAGUAUUGCAGGAUGUCUGGGCAGCAGCUGGGGUUCAGGGAGGUGCUGCCCCACCAGUCAGCUCUCGUCCAGUGGAGGAACAUUACUGUUGACACAGGAGCAGCACAGAGUACAUUGCAAGAUAUCAAAGUUCCUGAGUAUGGGGGAGGGUAUGCCUUCAAGCCUCUCUCACCUGCCACUCGCAAUCGCUACCUGUUUUGGCGUGUGUGUCAUGAUGUUGUGGAGCUGUGGGAAGAGAGCCUUGAUUACGAUUUCACCCACAAUCAUGUCCAGCUCAGGUACAGUAUUGGGCCUAUACCAGCAUGUGCAGUAUUGAGCCUGUCUUACCAUGUACAGUUAACCCUAGAUAUAACAGUACUUGAUUUAUCAGAUUUCAGCAGUAGUGGAUGAUACAAUUGGCCAGAG